AUGGCCCCGAGAAUUUCUUCGUCCGGAUCUCUCGACAGUUUCAAUCCUGUCAUGGUGACUCCUGUUAUAGGGAAUGAAUUCCCUAAAGGGUCGUGCAACAUCAUGAACGAUAUUCUCCAGCACCCUGAUGCUGAACAACGCAUCCGUGAUUUAGCUGUGAUGGUCGCAGAAAGGGGUGUUGUCUUUUUUAGGGCACAGGAUAACCUGACAAACGAGGCGCAGAAAACCAUCAUCAGCCUCAUGGGUUCCCUCACCACCAGGCCCAAGAGUCACAGUCUGCAUAUCCAUCCAGUCACCAAUGACAGACGCGAAUUCGGUGACCCGGAUCCUCAGAUCAGUACGAUUGAUUCCGAAGGCCGCAAAAAACUCUACAAGGGAUCAGACUAUACUCGAAUGGCCGCAGUGUGGCAUAGUGAUAUUGCUUUUGAGAGGGCACCGGCGGACUUCUCAUCCUUGAGGCUUACACAGCUUCCUAAAACGGGUGGGGAUACGCUCUGGGCAAGUGGAUACGAAAUUUAUGAUCGACUGAGUAGACCGUAUCAAGGGUUUGUCGAGGGGCUUACGGCAACCUUUGUUGGUGAGGGCUUCAAGCGUAUCGCGCAGUCUGGCAGGUUUGAAAUGUACACAGGCGAAAGAGGCGCUCCUGUCAAUGUCGGAUCCGAACUGGAGGCCAUACAUCCGAUGUCAUUUCCAGGCUCGUUCGCCAGUCAUAUCAAUGAGCUUAACCGGAAAGAAAGUUCAAAGAUGCUUCAGCAUUUCCACGACCUCAUCACCUAUGGCCACGAUUUACAGGUCCGGUUCAAGUGGAAUCAGCCUAAUGAUAUAGCCAUCUGGGAUAAUAGGAGCGUUUUUCACACAGCCACGAGUGAUCAUGAAGGAUUUGGUCUGCGUAGUGGGAACCGGGCAGUGGGCGUUGGUGAAAUCCCUUACUUUGACCCUCAAAGCAAAUCAAGACGUGAGGACUUGGGUAUCAUGGACAAGCUCCCAGCUGCCCAUCUAUAG